GCUAUCCACCUUUUCCUCUGGCUUUUGGGUUCUCAACUUUAGCUUGAUACAUUUAGAAUUUAGUGUUGGAAGAAGAACACACAUCUGGCUUGAUACUUACUGAGCUGAUCACAUGUUAGAAGUGAUCGCAUUUUGGAACUCGGACAGUUCAUGCCCAUCUCACGAAAUUUCUUCAAUCUUUCUAACAUGUUCUUCUCGCAUCAGAUCAAGGAAGCGAGACCAGAGAGAAGCCGAGAGAAAGGUAAGGUGAAGGGGGGUAAGUUUUGAAUUUUUUCUGUACAGUGGCGAGCAUGGAUGGAGUUCGCUCCUCAGGGGGGAAGCAGGGUCAAUGCCAACGAAGCACGGAACCUGUCAACCCGACCUUGGCAUUUCACCAGUUCCAGUUCAUCCAUUCCCUCACGUCCGUUUCCCCCUGAAUAAAAUAAUCCCGAAUUAGUACGAAUUGCAUCGGAUUUGGAUUUGGAUCAGAUUGCUUUUGGACAAUCUUCUUCCCGAUAUGUCAUGUGAAUCCAUAUCUGCACGCCUUUUCUAAUCCCAUCUCGCCCCCCCCGCCACCUAUCCCGUUCUUCACGUUCUUCUGCUUCAACCCCGAGACAAAAAGAGCGAAAAAGUUGCUUCCUUUAUAUUCGCCCACUCGACUCCUUUCUCUUUCGCGUCCUUCGUUGCUCCAACAAGGGCAGGUUCUGAGGGAGAGCUUUGGAUGGUGAUUGAUCCGGAUUUGCUGAUUUCGCGGUCGUUUUCUUAAGUGGGUUUCGUGAAUUGGGAUUGCGAAUCACGGGUUGGGUGUAGGAUCGGAGUUGAUGUGGAUGGGUUUUUCGGGUUUCGAAGCGUGCCUAGGGUUUUGGGUUGGUGCGUGAUUAUGACCCUCGAAAUAUACAAAUUGAACCUUUAGAUGGUUUUCUGGCAACUGCUUCAGCUGACGUGAGAGAGAAUCAGCAUUUAUACCAAGCCAUGUAAUGUGAGGAUACAGUUCUAGGGUCUAGAGGUUGUUCGUCUAGGAAUCAAUUCGAUUCAGCAGAAAGAUCAAGACCCACGUUUUGGUUCCUUCCUCGGAUGGCCUCACCUGGGUUCUUCCUGAUUUGCGUGUUGCAUUCGCUGGUGGCGCUCACGACUGGCGCUCUCAUGAUGUUCUAUUCCGCAGAGAUAUCUGCCAUCAAAUCCCAAGGUUCUACCCCUCACGAUCAGCUCCUGAUUCGGACCUCCGAUUCGUUCUCGGGCUUGCUUCUGGUCGCCAUCGGGUCCUUGUUGCUGAUGGUGGCGUUUGUGAAGGACAGGGAGUUCCAGAGCUUCUUUGCAAAAGGGUGUGUUGUGUUGCAUGUGGGCAUGGCGGUGUGGAGGUUUUGCUUUGAGAGGAAGCUUGAGGAGCUUGUGGGUGAGUGGCCCAAGCAAGUUCUGGGUGAUAUUGCACUUGCAGUUUCGUGGAUUUUCUUUCUCGUCUAUUCAUGGAGAGAGAAGUACGAUUAGCUCGUGGAGUGAAUUGCAGUGAAGCAAUAGAAAGAGAGAACUCUGAGUUUCUGCAGAUUGAAAUAGAGAGAUGGUGCUUGGUGAAAUCAUGCAAUGCUUAGGUGAGAUCCAAUUGAGGUUCCGAGCAGGACGUGAAGUAAGUUGUGAAUUCUGGGUUUCAGGAAAAGGAGGAUGGUUUUGCAACUGGAGUAAUUAUACGAAGGGUGAAAAGAAAAUUACAAUUUUCGUUGGGGUCAUUUUAGAUGGUGAAGUUUCGAUUUUCAUCUUUUUUGUUAUGAUCUUUGAGGAGUGAAAGGAACUGAUCAGGAGUUAGCUUAUUUGCUGGACCACCAUGGUUCUUCAUUUAGCUCAGAAUUCAGAAACCGCAGCCGUAUCAUAUGGGCUUUACUGCUCUUGCUGGCUGAACGCAAUCCAAUUUUUGCCUGUAAAUUUUUGUCAUAUGUGGAAUAAAUACCCUUUUCUCUGA